AUGAAGGUCAGGCUCAAAGCCUCGAGGUCGCUGAGGCUGGGCGCCGCGGGCACAUGCGCUCUUCUUUUCCUCUUUUGGAGUCUGUGGACGUCUGUGGAUUAUCUUGCUGAACAGGAGGGCAAGAUUCAGACGCUGCUGAGCCAGAAUGAGCGCCUUCGUGAGCAUUUGUCCACGGAGCAUGCGGAGAAGGUCCGGUUGGAGAAUGCCACAAUACACCCGCACUUCUCGACUCCGCCGGCAGAUGUUCUUGCUCCGCCGCCGCCGCCGCCGAUGAUCGUGGAAAACAGCCAGGCCCUGGAGGAUAACGCGGGCUUCGCGUACGUCUUCUACGCCACCGACCCAACCUAUGCCUGCUCCGUGCUGGUGAACAUCGACAGACUGCAAAACGUCCUCCACGCCCGCGUGCCCAUUCACGUCCUCGUCACCUCCGACAUCAGCGAGAGCUACAUCCGCACCAUGGAAGCCAUGAACGCCACCGUCCAUUUGCGCGAAGCGCCGCCGCUCGCCCAGGACAGCGCAUACUACUACCGCGGCAGUCUGCUCAAGCUGCUCGCGUUCGAAAUGCACAUCAUAUCGCCCGGGUUGAAGCGCGUGCUUGUCUUCGAUUCCGACCAACUCAUAAUGAAGAAUCUCGAUUCCCUCUUUACUGGUCUUCCGCCUAACGACCUCGCGGCUCCUCGGGCGUACUGGCUUUCGAAGGAUUUCCUGGCCAGCACGUUUAUGAUGAUUGACCUGUCGGAUCGGCUGUGGCAGAGUGUGCGGCAUGCCCUCGAUACGCUGGCGAAGGAUAAGUUUGACAUGGAUAUUGUGAACGAGUUGUUGGGCGACACUGUUUUGAUGUUGGGUGGGGAGUACGUCACGUUGAACUCACAUUGGGAAACUUGGAACUUGCCCAAGUGGUUCCAUACGGAGCUGAACGUUACUGUCCAACCGACGGAGGCUGCCAGUCCGCCAUCGGUGGAGGCGGUCAGUCCCCAGCCGGCGGAGGGAGACGGUUCACAGCCAGCGGAGACAGCACAGCCGGGAGAGGGAGAUGGCUCACAGUUGGCAGAAACAGCACAGCCAGAAGAAGGAGGACCACAGCCAACCGAGGGCGGCGAUCCACAGCCAGUGGAAGGAGACAGACCACAGCCAGUGGAAGGAGACAGUUCACAGCCAGUGGAAGGAGACAGUCCACAGCCAGUGGAAGGAGACAGUCCAUCAUCGGUGGAGGGAGACAAUCAAGAACCGGCAGUGACAGCACAACCAGCGAACGGAGCCAGUGAAGAAGCAUUGCAGGCAGCCAAUAAACCGCCAGCCACAGAACCGAGCGAGCCCCCAAGAGACGAUGAGCUUAGCAACGGCGGAGAAAGUGGGACGGCAGCGGUCUUGGACUCGAUCUCGCCAUCUGUGGAUGCCAGUCCGCAACUACCGGAAGCGGCAGGUGAUCAGUCGUCGCAGAACGAGGCCGUCGCUGGCGGACAAGGCGAGACAGUAGCGACGGCAGAGUCCAGCUUGUCGUCGGCAGAUGGCAAUCCACAGGCAGCGGGUGAAGAGAGCGACGCCCAGCCCUGGAAGUAUGAGCUGGGCGCAAGGGGAGCAGGCGGGGCAACAGCAGCUCCAGAAUCGAGCGACGCUUCCCGGAUCCGAAUGACUCGAGCAGAGGGCGACCAGGACAGCUCCUCCGAGCUCGUCGGCAAAAACGACAUGAGCAAUGACGGCAAUACUACCACCACGACCUCCAAAGCUUCCCCUGCGCCGGAAUCGAUCACGACUUCAGACCCCGCAACAGAACCCGCCACUCCACCAUCAAACACAACCACACCCCCAACCCGAACAACCCCCUCCGCCCCAGACUUCGCCUCCACCUACCCCUCUUCCCCUCCAUCCUCCUCCUCAGCACCUCCCACCCCCUCCGCCACAGAAGUCUACCCACCCCCCGUCCCCAAAUACCCCUCCACCCACCCUCUCUACAUCGAACUCGCGCGCCUCCAAGAAGCCGCAAGCGUGAUCCACUUCACCGCGCUCGGGAAGCCGUGGACGUGGGCGGGGUACGAGGUGCAGCAGGAGCGGCCGAGCGCGCAUCCGUUGAUGGCGGAGCAGUUUGAGAUUUGGCGCGCGGCGGCGGCGCGCGUGUGUCCUAGUGGGUUGCCUAGGCCGUCUUAUUAA